AGGGGGCCGGGCGAGCCGGGGCCGCGCCGCGCCUCUGCCUGAAGCCGCCGGAGCCGCGCCGCCAGCCGCUGCAGCCGGGGCGGUCGGGCCGCCAGGGGCAGGCCCCGCCGGACACGCCGCUGAGGAGGUGCCAGGCCGCGCUCCGCACGCAGGUGAAGCAGGAGCUGUAGAAGGAGGACCCUGUGGCUCGCCAUCAUGCCAUUCCCCUUUGGCAAGUCCCACAAGUCUCCUGCAGACAUAGUGAAGAACCUGAAAGAAAGUAUGGCAGUUCUAGAAAAGCAAGACAUCUCUGACAAAAAGGCAGAAAAGGCCACUGAGGAGGUCUCAAAAAACCUUGUUGCCAUGAAAGAGAUCUUGUAUGGCACAAAUGAAAAAGAACCACAGACAGAAGCUGUGGCACAGCUAGCUCAAGAGCUGUACAACAGUGGUCUUCUUAGUACCUUAGUAGCCGACUUGCAACUAAUUGAUUUUGAGGGCAAAAAAGAUGUUGCGCAAAUCUUCAACAACAUCCUCAGAAGGCAAAUUGGUACAAGAACUCCCACAGUUGAAUACAUCUGCACUCAACAGAAUAUAUUGUUCAUGCUAUUAAAAGGGUACGAGUCUCCAGAAAUUGCUCUAAAUUGUGGAAUAAUGCUCAGAGAAUGCAUCAGGCAUGAGCCACUUGCUAAAAUAAUCUUGUGGUCAGAACAGUUCUACGAUUUCUUCAGAUACGUGGAAAUGUCAACAUUUGACAUUGCUUCAGACGCAUUUGCCACAUUCAAGGAUUUGCUUACAAGACACAAGUUGCUAAGUGCAGAAUUUUUGGAGCAACAUUACGAUAGGUUCUUCAGUGAAUAUGAGAAGUUGCUUCAUUCGGAAAACUAUGUGACGAAGAGGCAGUCACUUAAGCUCCUUGGUGAAUUGUUAUUGGACAGACACAACUUCACAAUUAUGACAAAGUACAUCAGUAAACCUGAAAAUCUCAAACUCAUGAUGAACCUUCUACGAGACAAGAGUCGUAACAUUCAAUUUGAGGCCUUUCACGUGUUUAAGGUGUUUGUAGCCAAUCCUAACAAGACACAGCCUAUAUUAGACAUCCUUCUAAAGAAUCAGACCAAACUUAUUGAGUUCCUCAGCAAGUUUCAGAAUGACAGGACCGAGGAUGAACAAUUUAAUGAUGAGAAGACCUAUUUAGUUAAACAGAUCAGGGAUUUGAAGAGACCAGCACAGCAAGAAGCUUAACCUCCAAUAAACCCUUAAAAUAUUAAACCCAAAUUCAGCAUUUGCUGUUAGAUAUUCAGCAUCAGGCACUCUUACCGAUUCAUGAGGAACAUUACUGCUAAUCUGCUGUUCAGUGAACGGUUUUUGUUUUUCUCUUUUCUUUUUUAGUCCAAGUUGAAAAACAUAGCUGCUGCUUUCUUGCACAAUGUGGACUUUCUUGAUAUUUGUGUCAUUUCAGAAUUCAAAGACACUGCUUGUUUUAGGAGUCCUGAAAAGAAAGAUUCUAGGUUCGUGAAAGCAAACAUAUAGAUACUAGUUUGGUUUAGGAGAGAAGGUAUUAAUGUAGUUAAGUAACAGGUUGCAUGCUUGCGAAUCUGAAUAAAUCUGUAUGUUUGCACUUACCUUGUUUGAGACAUGAGCACAAUGUGACCUGUGCAUACCUGGCACCAUAGUAUAAGAUUAUAUGCCUUGAUUUAAAAAAAAACAAAAA